AGCUUCCAUAUUUAAAAAUGGUGUUUUUCUUAAUACGCCAUUUCAUUUGCGUCUGAAAGAACUGAGGACGAGCUGUAAUUUCCGCCGGCGCGUUCAAACUUGCCGCAGAAUCACGCCGGAAAUCUCGAGGGAAGUUUUAGGUUUCAUCGAAAUGGAUGCCAAGACAUCGAACGGAGAGCGCAGACACAUUACCAUCAAACUCUGGCCUCCCAGCCAAAACACCCGGAAAAUGCUAGUGGAGCGGAUGACGAACAAUCUCUCAACUCCAACGAUUUUCACUCAAAAGUACGGAACAUUCAGCAACGCCGAGGCUUUAAUACACGCUGAAAGAAUCGAGGAAUUAGCCUUUUCUACCGCAAAUCAACACUACGAACAAGAACCAGAUGGCGACGGCAGUGCCGCCGUUCAACUGUAUGCAAAGGAAUGCAGCAAGCUAAUAUUGGAUGUUCUGAAGGGAGGAGCCGGCAGCGUCAAAAUCGAGGAAAAGGAGAUUCCGAAAUCUGAAGACGACUCAACUCCCCGUGAAACGGUUUUCGAUAUAUCGAAAGGUCAGCGGGCGUUUAUCGAAGAAGACGAAGCUCGAACACUUUUGGCUCCGUUGAAAGCGCCCGGGAAUUCCUACACGAAGAUAUGCUUUAGCAAUCGGAGCUUCGGAUUAGGCGCGGCGAACGUUGCCGGGCCUAUCUUGGCGUCGAUUAAGGCCCAACUGAAGGAAGUUGAUUUGUCGGAUUUCGUCGCCGGGAGGCCCGAGGUGGAAGCUCUCGAGGUUAUGAACAUUUUCUCCGAAGCUCUAGAAGGUUCCAAAUUGAAGUAUCUGAAUAUUUCUGACAAUGCUUUAGGCGAGAAAGGAGUCCGAGCAUUCGGUAAGCUAUUGAAGUCGCAACCGGGUUUGGAAGAACUUUAUCUGAUGAACGACGGGAUAUCGAAAGAAGCCGCGCGAGCUGUUCGGGAAUUGGUUCCGUCGACGGACAAGCUCCGGGUUCUUCAUUUUCACAACAAUAUGACGGGAGACGAGGGCGCCGUUGCCAUUUCCAAGAUUCUCGAUCGCUGCCCGUCGUUGGAGGAUUUCCGAUGCUCGUCAACGAGGGUCGGGUCGGAAGGCGGGACUGCAUUGUCGGAGGCGCUCGCGAAAUGCACGAACCUGAAGAAACUCGAUCUCCGAGACAACAUAUUCGGCGUCGAGGCGGGUCUGAAGCUGAGCGAAGCUAUUUCGAAGCUUGAAUGUCUUGAGGAAAUUUAUCUAAGCUACCUGAAUCUCGAAGACGACGGCGCGAUUGCUAUCGCCGAUGCGCUCAAGGACUCGGCGCCGUCGCUCGAAGUGCUGGACAUGGCCGGGAAUGAUAUCACUGUCGAAGCUGCUCCGGCGCUCGCCGCUUGCAUCGGUAAAAAGACGUCGCUCGUAAAGCUGAACCUGUCGGAGAACGAUCUUAAAGACGACGGCGCGAUUCAGAUUGUGAAAAUGUUCGGAGACGGGCAUUCGAAAUUGAAGGACGUCGAUUUGAGUCAGAAUUCGCUGAGGAGGGCGGCGGCGAGAUUGGUGGCUCGGGCGGUGGUGGGUUUGCCGGGAUUCGGAUUCUUGAAUGUCGACGGAAAUGCGAUUUCGGACGACGGGGUUGAUGAAUUGAAGGAAAUUUUCAAAUUGUGCCCGGAGAAACUCGGGCCCCUCGACGAGAACGAUCCCGACGGGGAAGAUCUCGACGAGAAGGAGUCGGCAGACGGAGACGGAGACGAGGAGUUGGGAGAAAAGCUGAAGAAACUUGAUGUGAAUGAAGGAGAAGAGUAAGGUGUCCUAACUCAUAAGCUAAGCUAAGGUAAAGUUAGUUAUUCUGGUUUUGGUAUGUUAGAAGAGAACUUUGGAAUGCUUUGCUAUGCUAUUUGAUGAUGCUUAGUUUUGUUGUAAGAGAUUUUCUUAUUAAUGUUGUUUUUAUUUUGAAAAUAAUAGUGGUAGUAAAAUUGGUAGGUUUA